AUGGACUUCUUGAACGUACUGGACCCUAAAUGGGUAAUUGGACUCUUUUUACUUGUCACGACGGCGACUUGUCUGGCCGUGAAUAAGUCGCAGAGAGAUGCGCUCGUCAGGAAUGUCAGAUUUCGUGGGCGCAAGUCGUCCACCGCAAGGACACAACCGCCAUCCAUCUCUCCAGAGAAGUCGGCGACGGGCUCGCCGUCUAUCUACAGUGAUGUGUUGCCUCCCCCACGUCGAGAGGCCCUAACGAGGAUCGAGGGAAAACGGCCUCGGACUGCGGCACAAGAAGUCAACGAGAAAAAAAUCAGAGAGCAUAUCCUUCCCAUGACGGCAGAUUACCGGACAGCAGAUGGUGAUCGAUACACACCAACGGGGUUCUCAGUGCAUGAAAUCAAAGAGCUGGGCAACUUUCCUGACUAUGCCACGCUCAGCGGCGUGCCCCUGCCCAACCCGUAUUACGAGUUUGAUAUCGACAAGGCUCGCCCGCGACCGUAUCGUCCUUUCCGAUGGGCUUAUCAUCAAACCAUGUCGCUCAAGAAGAUGGAGACGGACUGGUGGAUUGAACUGGAGAACACGUACAGGGAGCGGAUCGCCCAGCGCAAGGGUCUGUAUGCCAAACACGGCAAUGCAGUGCUCAGCUACCUUCCGGGAUCGGAAUUGGCCUGCAAAGAGAUGAUGGAGAUGGUGUUGCAAUUCAUCUGCGCCCGUUAUCCAAAAUACUUCUCACUGACGGACAAUCGCAUUCUCACCAACCGGAUCCUGGGGACGGAACAGGACAUCCGCUCCAAGCAUCCUUUGGAGAUCCUCAUGGACAAUGUGCCUGAAGACUUCGCCAUAAUGAUGCGGGAUGACAAGACAGGGUACUAUUUCUUCCGCGCUGGUGUCAUCUGCUCUUCGCUGGGAUGGAACGUCGGCAUGAAGAUCGGUCUCCCGCUUCAUGAAAUCCACAAGCCAAUUCCGGACUACAAAGAGAAGAUGCAGUUCUCUAUGGAUCGGUUCUUCGUAAAAAUGCCAGCGGACAAGCCCAUUCAGCGUGGCUCCUGGGGCCUCGAGGUGGAGCAACCACUGUAUAUGCCGCCAGGCGAUCCGCACGAAUUGCACCGGUUAUCCCAGAACCCCAACCUCCGCCUGACGGACUGCUACCUCCGAGUGGACUGGCAGACCCUGCGCCGCCUGCCCCUCUCUGCAGGCGUCGUCUUCAACUUCAAGGCCCUCUUCACACCAGUGACCGAGUUCCGCGACGAGCCCAAAGUGCCCGCCCUGCUGGCCAAGAUCCUCAAAGAAGGGAAGCGGAACUUGAUGGAGUACAAGAACACCUGGCACGUCGAACACGUCGUGCUCCCCAAGCUGGAGGAAUGGGCCAAGGAGCAGGAGGACAAGGGCGUCGUGGAGAAGAAUUGGGAGGUGUCGACCCUUGAGGAAGAUCCUUGGUUCCGGGGUUGGGAGGAGAAGUGGCACGGGCAGCAGGGGUAUUAA